GCGGUUCGGACGUGUUUUUUCCAGCCCUGCUCCCCUGAAAAUCGAACGGAAAUUCAAGCAAGGACUUUUAGUCGACUGUCCUGGAAAGAUACCCACUUGGAGCUGAAACCAAGUUUUUCGGGGAGUUCAACAAGUGCACAGUGAUAAGAGACGAACUAAAUUGAAUUAAGUUCGUUGGAACGUUAAUUACCGCGAGUGUCUAAUCCAAUUAACAGCAAAAUGGGCCUCGAGUUUUUCUUUAAGUUUGGAUAUGCCUUCCUGACAAUAACCCUCAUGAUCAUGAUCUGGAUGUCGCUGGCCCGUGCCUCGAAUUUAAAUCGGGAAACGGAGGACACUUACUACCCGCCCUGCACCGAGAAUGUGAUGUGCACCUGCUCGAAGUCCUCCACGGUUUUGGGGAUAGUGCACUGCAAGAACGUCCCAUUUCCGGCACUGCCCCGCAUGGUGAACCAUUCGAAGGUUUUCAUGCUGCACAUGGAGAACACGGGUCUGCGCGAGAUUGAACCCUACUUCCUGCAGUCGACGGGUCUGUACCGGCUGAAGGUGUCGGGCAACCACCUCACCGAGAUCCCGGACGACGCCUUCACCGGGCUGGAGCGAUCUCUGUGGGAGCUGAUCCUGCCGCAGAACGACUUGGUGGAGAUCCCGUCCAAGUCCCUGCGGCACCUGCAGAAGCUGCACCACCUGGACCUGGGCUACAACCACAUAACGCACAUCCAGCACGACUCGUUCCGCGGACUGGAGGACUCGCUGACGAGCCUGAUCCUGCGCGAGAACUGCAUCUCGCAGCUGCAGUCGCACAGCUUCUCGGGCCUGCUCAACCUGGAGACUCUCGACCUGAGCGGGAACAACCUCUUCGAGAUCGACCCGAAUGUGUUCGUCGACGGAAUGCCGCGGCUCACUCGCCUCCUGCUCACGGACAACAUUCUGUCCGAGAUCCCCUACGACGCUUUGGGUCCGCUGAAGAGCCUCCGCACCCUGGACAUCUCUCACAACGUGAUCUGGUCGCUCAGUGGCAACGAGACCUACGAGAUCAAGGCCAGCACCAAGCUGAAUCUGGACAACCUGCACCUGGAGUACAACCACAUCGAGGUGCUGCCUCCCAAUUCAUUCAAAUACUUCGACACCGUGAACCGAACCUUCUUCGACGGCAACCCCAUUCACACACUGAGGGAAGAUGCCUUUAAGCCCGCUCGGAUUAGGGAGAUCUACAUGCGGUACUGCGGCCUGACUAACAUUUCCCCUGUGGCCUUUGACAGCCUGGUGAACAGCCUUCAGAUCCUGGACCUGUCUGGCAACAAUCUCACCAAGCUGCAUCACAAGCUCUUCAACAAUUUCGAUGUCUUGAGGGUCAUUAGCAUGCGGGACAACAAGAUCAAGAUCCAGAAGCCGACGGAAACCUUCAACGCGGUGCACUACACACUCCUGAAACUGGACCUCAGCGGGGACCGGAAUGACCCGACCAACCUGCAGACGUUGCGCAAUAUGACCAGAAUGCGGAACAUGCGCUCGCUGUCGAUCUCCCGACUGGGAUCCUCAUCGGUGGGGCCCGAGGACUUCAAGGACUUCGGAGUGGAGCUGGAGGACCUGCAGAUCACGCGGGCCAGUCUCUCCGGCAUCCAAUCCCAUGCGUUCAAGCACGUCCGCGGUCUUAAGAGGCUGGACUUCAGCGAGAACGGAAUAUCGAGCAUCGAGAACGAUGCGUUCCACGAGAUUGGACACUCGCUGAUCUCCCUGAAGAUGUCCCACGGCUACUCGGGCAGUGCCCUGCCAGCCGAGCCCUUGAGGCACCUGACCUCCCUGCAGGAACUGGACUUCAGCAACAACCACAUCAGCACCAUGAGCGACACCAGCUUCCACUUCCUGAAGAACCUCAGGCUGCUGGAGCUCCACGACAACCGGAUCGAGCAGGUCCUGAAGGGCACCUUCCAGGGCGACAUCCACUCGAAGCUGGAGGAGAUCUCGCUGCGCUUCAACCACCUGACCUCUAUCUCGCAGCACACCUUCUUCGAUCUGGAAGCCCUGCGGAAACUCCACCUGGACGACAACAAGAUCGACAAGAUCGAGCGAAGGGCCUUCAUGAACCUGGACGAGCUGGAGUACCUGAGCCUGAGGGGCAACAAGAUGAACAACCUGGCGGACGAGUCCUUCCAGAACCUGCCGAAGCUGGAGAUCCUGGACAUGGCCUUCAACCAGCUGCCCAACUUCAACUUCGACUACUUCGAUCAGGUGGGCACGCUGUCCAAUCUCAACGUGAAUGUGAGCCACAACCAAAUCAGGCAGCUGAUGUACAACAGCUCGUGGAGUGGCAGAAAUGAACAUGGCUCAAUGUACCACUCGAACAUCAAGAUUCUGGAUCUUUCCCAUAACAACAUAUCGAUCAUACACCCUGGAUACUUCAGACCUGCUGAGAUUUCGCUGACGCAGUUGCAUCUGGGCUAUAACUCAUUGAUGAACACCACUCGGGAUGUCUUUGGCAACAUGCCCAACUUGCAAUGGCUGGACCUCAGCUACAACUGGAUCCACGAGCUGGACUUUGACGCCUUCAAGAACACCAAACAGUUGCAGCUGGUCUACUUCGGCCACAACUACCUCAGUGACAUUCCACAGGAUAUAUUCCGGCCCGUCCAGGGUCUCCGGAUCGUCGACUUCUCGCACAAUCACCUGAGGGGCCUGCCCGACAACCUCUUCUACAACGGAGGGAUGGAGAAAUUGGAUGUGUCGCACAACAUGAUGUUGAAGAUCCCCUCCUCAUCGCUGUCCAGUUUGGCUGCAUUGACGCUGUGUGAGUUGCACCUGUCGAACAACUUCAUCUCAACGAUCCACAGCAUGGAUUUGUCCAACAAGUUUAGAUCCCUUCGCUACUUGGACAUCUCGUACAACUACCUGCUGCGGAUUGAUGACGCCGUCUUCGCCACGAUGCCCAGGCUGGCCGUUCUGGACCUCUCCCACAACCGGGAUCUGAAGGUGAUGGACAAGUCUUUCAUGGGCCUGGAAAACUCACUGAUCAAACUGGGUCUGGAGAACGUCUCCCUGAGCACUGUGCCCGAGAUUAGACUGAAGUACCUGCGGGAGUUCCGCUUGGGCUACAACGAGCUGCCCUCGAUCCCCCAGGAGUUGGCCCACAACAUGACCAACUUGCGCAUGCUGGACCUCUCCAACAACGAUCUGACCAACGUUCCUCUGAUGACCCAAUCUCUGCCACACUUGAGACGACUGAUGCUCUCCGGCAAUCCCAUUACCUCGCUGAACAACAACAGCUUCGAUGGCGUGAACGAGGACCUUGAGAUGCUGGACAUAUCCAACUUUCGACUCCACUACUUCGAGUACGGCUGCCUGGACUCCUUGCCCCACUUGAGGUCCCUGAAGCUCACUGCCUACUCCCACCUGGAGCACUUCAACAUCCCGCAUCUGCUGCGCCACCACUACAACAUCCGCCAGCUUUGGAUCGAGGCCCCGCAGCCCUUCACCAGGAUCGUCAAGAAGGGAUCCGGACCCACCCAGGAGAUGCAGACCCUCCAGCUGGGCAACCCCACCGACCUGCAGCGCGAAAUGGAGGGCCAUCUGCCCUCCAAGCUGACCAACAUUACGUUCAGUGGUCCGCAGUUCACCAAUCUGAACGAACGAAUCCUGCGGGGCAUGCGUUCUCCGUACCUUUACAUGCAACUGUACAACACCUCGUUGCAAGCACUGCCGCCGAACUUCUUCAAGUUUAUGGGAAGGGUGCGGAACAUUUCGCUGGACAUCCGCUACCACAACCGCAACCUGAAGAAGAUUCCCAACCCGAACACGGGAGCCGUGCCGUAUCUGCCCAACAGUGUGUUCCUCACCGACCUGAAGAUGUCCCACACGGACCUCAACUGCGAUUGCGAUCUGGGGUGGGUGGAGUUCUGGCAGCGCAAGAGGCGCCAGUACAUAUGCUCAUCCCAGACCUGGACCGACACCGUCUUCCGCACCUUCAUGAACUCGCCUUGCCAGGUGUACGGAAGGCACAACUGCGACGACCACGACGACGACCUGCGGGAGACGCGCUGUGAGAACAAGGGAGGCCAGCAGCUGAUGGAGGCACUCAAAUUCGACCUGGAGUGCGGAUGGGACAACGCCAACUGCCGGGAGGCCGCCUUCGUCGUGGUGACGGUGUGCGUCUUCAUGGUCUUCUGGAUGUGACUUCUGCACUUUGCAUAUAAGACGUCCACCGACUUUUAUAGCAUUCUAGAGCAAGUCUACGGCAGGCAGGUCAUAUAAGCCCUGCGUCUAGAGUUUAAGCGUGAUGAUGAGACUUUGGCCACUUUGAUACCUUCUUUAGUUUAGUCUCUUCUCUUCCGAACACCUUCUCUCGCCGAUCCGCUGGUCCUUGGUAACGCCUUAUAUGUAGUAUCCUCACCGAAACACUCUCCAUACUUCGCCUCGCCUCACUGUCUAUCUCCAUGUAUGUAUAUUUUUGUAGGCCUUAAUAUCUUAAUAUCCAGCUAUCUUACAAUCCCACCCGAGCUACUGUCUGUACUUCGCUUAUAAGUUAGGUCACUGCGCUGCUUAAACAAUUCCGAAACGAAAGUCUGUAAAAUGUUUCAUAAACAUAUAAUAAAUACUUACGGUAGGUUAA